AUGUCACCAAGAGAGUCCGAAGAAGGGCUUUUGGAACUCGAAAAUAUCCAAGAUGCCCCAAAAUAUCCUCUGUUCUCUAAUGGACCUAUGAUACCGCUUGAAGUGGAAUUCAAGAUAUGGAGAUUCAUCCCCUCUUCAAAAUUUGUUCGUCUUGUUCUCGACGAGAAUACAUCCGUGGCAGAAGCCAGUAAAAAAGCAUUCCUAGAUACUUUUGGCUGUCUUCCAACAGACUUUGGAGUGUUCAUUAGAAGAAAAGAUUCCAGUGCGUUUUCGGCCAUUGCCAAUGUGGAUGGGAAGGUUAAGGAUAUUGUCAAAGAAGAUGAUAUUUUGGUACUUCUAGAUAGUUUAAAGGGACACAGAAUGAGGAUACGCAUCUGUGCCCUUAUUUGGAUGGCCACAUCAAUUGCUCUGAUAGUGGGGUUAUGCAUCUUUCUUUAUCUGGUUUUUAUCUUGAAGGGCCACUUUAACCUGUAG